UCUCUUUAAACUGACUCCUGUUUGCUCGUACGCUGUUUGCGUCACAGUUUGAAACCUCAGCUUGGUCUGACACUGAGGCAACUUCCUGCACUUGAAUUAAACGGUGAGAAGUUUUUGAAGCGGUACAAGCCAUUUGAGUCGGAAAGGGCUGCCAACCCAACAUCAGGUAUUUAUGCUCACUAAUAGCCAUGACUAACAAGCUCGACUUGAGGUCAUUUCUUUUUCUGCUGGUUGUGAGCAGCUUGGUCUCAGGCAGACAUUUACUUGGUGUAGAAGAGAAUAAUCCACAAAAUACAACAGUCUUCAACUACACACAACAUAACAAUGAAACUGAACUUCAGCCCACCAGUGGACCUCCACAGACCACAGAUAUUAGGGAAGAACGGUCUACUGCAGCUCCCACACCUGGCCAGAAGACUUCAGAAAUGGCCCAUAGCCAACUGCCACAGGGAAAUGGAACUUCUGGAAACCUAGAAGGAACUGAAACGAACAGCACUAAACACCAGUCACCAGGUAACGAAAGUUUGGCAAGCACUGAAAGUCCUCCGCAAACCCCAUUUCCUGAGAAAAAUGGCAGUUCAGACCCCACAAUGCCAACCUCUGCUCCCACAUUUUCUGCCUCAGUGGGACAUAGAAAAGAAGCGAAUGCCACAAAUUCUGUCCCUACAGUGGUGACGACGCCUCAUAUGGGCACAGAUGGAUCUUCCAAUUUGACAACAACAGUCAAGCCAAUGGUUCAAUCAACCACAAAAAUAAGUACCACUCGGAAUCACACGCCAACUAAGCCACAUAGUACCCAAAAACCAGACGAAUCAACCACCAAAGUUUGUCCUACAGCCGAAGCAAAAGGGGACAGUCUUGUGGGUCGGUGUCUCAUUGUCAUCGCCAGUUUGGCUGCUCUGGCGACCAUCUUCAUCAUGACCACCAUCGUCUUGGCCACAAAGUUGGCAGGCAUCAGACACAGGCACAGGGCGAGUCUGCUUCACGAGACGGAGAUGAUCUGUAUAUCUGCCCUCAUGAAUGAUUCUGAUCAUCCCAUCCCCAAACCGAAGCACCCUAAAAGCAACGGUGCGCUGAUCCCUAUCACUGAGGAUGAAGACGGUGAUGACCUCACCCUCAACAGCUUCCUGCAUGAUACGGAAGGUGUGGCAUAGAUAUCACUCAAAUCUUAAACCUGACAGAAAAACAAAACAACAAAGUGUUUGCAUUGAGGAUGAAGAUGGAGUUGAUCUCACCCCCUCAAUCCUUCCUUCCUGAUCUGAGGUGUGUGUGUGUGUGUGGUGAAGACAUUACCACUGGCUCUUUGUUUUAAUCCAUGUUUUUUUGAAUGCUUUUGAAUGUUACUGUUAAACAAGACUGGAGAACUUUGUAACCCUGAUAGUUUCUCAGAAAACUAGAGACUCUCAUAGCUUGAAUCAUUUCUAGAAUUCUCAGUCUACAGAACAAACUGGGGGAAAUGCCCGCACUUGGUCUAUGCCAAAUCUGUCGUAUACUGAUGCAUAAAUAGAGAUUAGCUUCCCCUGGAGGCCUAAUCGAAGCUGGUUGUCGGCACCGAUGAUAACAUUUGUUUUUGUAUUGGUGUUGCAUAGGAAGAGCGUGAAAUUUUUAGACUGACAAGAGGAAGAGGAAGUGCGUUUUUAAAUAUAGUUGUGCGUCUAUGUGUGAUGGAAGAUCUGCCUAGCGACUGCAACUUUGAACUGUGGCCUUCUUUCAAGCCAAACUGCAUCAGCAUAUCUUAAUUCUGAAGCACUGCAUGGUACUUCAACAUAUUCAUGAGUUCAUAAGUACUCAUACCCAUCCCAUAUACCCAUAUUUAUACAUGUAGAUAAAAUGAACUGCUUUACACAUGUUCUUUUAUAGUCCAGUUUAUAAGGAAGCUCCUACUCAAUGACUGUACAUAAUAGACUGAAAUAUCAUUUACCGUCAUUCGUAUGUUGUAACCCAUUAUUUUUUUAAUCACAAGUUGACUCAUGUAUUUUGUACAGUUGUGUUCCUGUUUCCAGUCGCCUCUUUCAUGAUUCAUAAGUUCCAUACAGCAUGUCAGGUGCUGGUUUGUUAUGUGCAAACGACAGCUUUCUGAGAUCUCUCUUAGCGGUGUGCAUCAGGACAAGGAUCACGUUGAACUCAACAGAAAAGUCGCACAAGCACGUGGUCAGAGAUUGUGCUCGGAGAUUAAGCUCAGGGAACAGAAAAGAAGAAGAACUACCAUUCAUUAGCAUGUGGUGUUCUGCAAUGCUAUAUAAUGCAUAAUUUGCCAUGUUCAUUCAUCUUCAGUAACUGCUUUAUCGUGGUUAGCAUUGUUUUAUGGUUUAAAUGAUUGUUUUAUAUUUUGGGAAAUAGAACUAACUUGCCAGGACCUGCAGGACUGGGCGUUAAAAUGGUCCGAAUUUCUUCAGGAACCAACUAAAGUGGGAUAAAUGAAACAGCCCCAUGCAUACCUCUAGUGUUUAUUAUAAAACAGUCAAGUAGAGCUGAGAUAGUAACAGGAGCAGGCACUAAGGAGACCUUGUUAAUACAAUAAGCAAUUUUUUUUUUUCCUUUGGACCCAAAACUCAAGAACAAGUACUUUAGGCUGCAUCUUUGCACCAUCAGCCUCAUUUCAUAGAAUGUAUCGAAUAACAGCCGCUCUUAAUUUCUACAUUCAUUUCCUUUUAAUAAGCGCUUUUUCCUGAUCCACCGGUCCAUCGCAGGAUGUUUCUCACACACUCAUUCACACUUGAGGGCAAUUUAAAGUAGCCAAUCCAUCUACUGGCAUGUUUAUGGGAGGUUGGAGGAAACCCACACGGACACGGGGAGAACAAAACAAAACUACACACACACACACACACACACACACACACACACACACACACACAGUAACCAGAGCUCAGGAUCGAACCAGACACCCUGGAGCUGUGAGAUGGUUUCUUAUUUAUUGCUAUAUCUACAGUAUAUUUGUUAAUAUUCUCCUGAGUUAUUUUAAAGUCUAUUUAAACAUGACAUCCUUUGGCACUUUUAAAAGUUGUGUGUUUUUUGUACAGGCCACAGAAGUCCAGUACAGUCAGUCGUCUUACUGCAACCGUAGUGCACAAAAUACUGGAUUUAAAUGGACUUUAACAGUAUGUGACUUUUUUGGUGUACAGGUAUUAGGUUCUAGUAUUAAAUCUAUCCCGUUAAAGUGGCCUCUGUGUGAAUAGCGAGUAAAUUUUUUUUUAGUUCUUUAUACGUACUGAAUGUUCGGAAUGUAUGGUUGUAAAUGUUGUAACUGUACUGAAUGUUCGAUUAUCUUGUAUGGUAAAAACCAUCAAGCAUAAAUUAAAGUUUCAGCCUUUUUACAGACAACACAAA